AAAAUUAACUCAAAAAGAAGGAAAGUGAAAUAUUUUCACAAAAUUCAAGAGUUUCCUUUUCCAGUUAAUGUAAAUGGAAAAUAAUUGUUAAAAGAGCACCAAAAAAGUACACACAAAAUGUACUCGAAUGUCUUAUUACCGAGGCAAUGGUCUCGGUUCGCCUGCAUUUGCCGCUACUCCACAGCAGUAGAAGGGCAGAAGUUACCUCAGAACAGUGCAUCUAGCGAUGGAAUAUCUCCCCCUCUGAGAAUUCGUCGAGGGCCCACCGACAUACUAGAAGCCCUGGCGGCAACCGUCGGCCCAGACCCGACUGCGGCACAUUACAAAUACCAUGAUGACCCAUACCUAAUACCACUGUCAAACUUCCGUAAGAGAGCCUAUGCACUGUCAGCCGAGGCUGGUCGCAGGGCAGCUGUCUGGAUCCGGGACAACCAUGCUGAGUUGUUCAACAUGAGAGAGUGGGACCCCCCUGCCAAGAUGAAGACUCCACACUACAAUGCUGACCCUCGCAUUGAUGCUUAUGCUCCUAAACCUAUUUAUACUAGUGAAAGUAAGGUAACAGAAGAAGACCUCCAAUACACCAUCAACAACUCCCUGGUAGAGGACUCCCUGCAAGUGUUCCAGCUGCUCGGGGGGGUGGAGGGGGUCGAGGGGGACCUGCGGGUCAAGUUCCUCCAGCUGCUGUGCUUCUACAACGAGAAGGAAGCCGACUCCAUGGAGUGGAUGGAGGAGAGGUGGUUCGCGUCCAAUAUUAAGGAGCGGCAGGCUGCCACUUGGAGAACUGGGGGGCUAGCUGAGAAAAUCUUUGCAUCAAUUGAACCAAAAACAUCAGAAGCAUACUGUGCCAUCAUUCAAGGAAUGGCUAAAUACUAUCAGGCAGAAAGAGCUCACAUGCUGGCACAAGAAGCGAUAGAGAAAGGUCUAGUCCUGUCAACUGAUGUUUACAAUUCUCUACUGAGCUGUGUCGGGUUCUUGAAAGAAGGGACAACUAUGCGGACUGAAGCAUUGAAGGCUACCCUUGCUGAGAUGCACAAACAUGGUAUAUCCCCGAACCAAGGCACCCUGACCGCCUGUCUCCGCUCAGUAUCUGCUUGGGGCGGCGGGCGCGCGCUGCAGCAGCUCGCCCUACAGUUGUUAGCGGAGUUCCGGCAGAUCGGCAUACAGCCCGGCCUGUCGGCUUAUUAUUAUAUGCUGUGCCUGUUUUGUAAAGAGCGAGGCCCUAAGAUCGACAUACUAUCCACCAUACUGGCGGACCUGGAGAGCCGAGAGACCCUGACUGCGAUUGAGCCCACUGACACCAACUUCUUCAUCACCGCCAUGGGAGUCUGCAGCGACCACUUACAGGAUAUAAACAUGGCUGAAAGACUGCACACUCUGCUAAUGAAGGGAGAUAACUACAAAUUGGUUGGCGACGCCUACAAAGAGAGCAUUUACUACAGGCAUUAUGUCACCGUAGCCUGCAGGCAAGCACCGUUUGAGAAGACAACUGAGUUAUUGGACACCCUUGUACCUAAUGUCUAUGUACCUGAACCUACCGUAUUUGAAGAGAUAAUCAAGACGCUGGAGCUGGGCGGCGCGGGCGCGCGGCUGGCGGCGGCGUGGUCGCAGCUCGUCAUCUUCGGACACGCCAAGAGAGUGCGGCUUGUUGAGAGGCUUUUACAGGCCAUGUGCUCCUGCUACCAGUAUCAAGAUGAUGAGGUGAAAGCCAAGACCCGUGCUGCAGCAGCAGACAUUCUGAGCUUCGGACAACUCACCGACGAGGAAAUUGCACAGAAGAGGGACCAGAGAACACCACAAGCCCAACUAUCAGCGCAAGCGCUCACCAACAUCAUUCAACUUUGCUCUGACGUCACGGACAAGGCGGACCCUCACUGGGAGGCGGUGAGCGAGGCGGCGCAGCGCCUGCGCAAGGAGGCUGUGGGGGUGCCGAGUGACCCCGCGGCGCUGGCGGCGGUGGCGCAGGCCACGGCGGCUAAAGGGAAGCCGGGGAUCGCUGCUGCGCUAGUGAUGUACCUAGCCGAGAACGGGUUCGAAGAAGCCACGACCGCGAGCGCUUCCGUCCUCGGCACGUUACUGAAUAGAACCGAGAGCGAAGUGCAACAGUUGCUGGCGACUCCGCGCGGUAGUUUGGAGGAGAGCUUGCACCCGUCGGCCGCUGUUCUGCUGGACGCUUACCAUUUAGCCACGACGGGCGUGGAACCAUCGAGAAAUGCUAGAGAUUUCUCCAGCUCAGACAGCGACAGCGACUCUUCGUCCGAUGAUGAGUGAAUAGUAACUAACAACCAUAGUAUUCAAUAAGUAGAUACAUUUAUAUUGUAAGCCAAUAAACGCAUUUACAUGCAUCGUU